AUGUCUUGUGAUAAUGGAGUUCAGUCAGACCAUAACAGAGAACUGGCCUGGUCGGCCCGUUUAGCAGCAAAACUUGCUGCACCACAGCGGAAGGAUGCCACUUUUCAGUCAGUCAUCUGCAACUUUAUGUGGAAUUUGACAGAGCAGAGUUUGGAAGUGAUACAGGCAGCAUUAAGCUACCCGUUCUCCAGACAGCAAAUCUAUCAAAUGCUAACUUCCAUUGUAACAUCAGCUGCCACAACUACAACUGAUUUAAUACCAAAGCUGUCUACGAUAGUAGGAACGACUCCAUCUGCAGUUAUAAACCCAAACAGGCCUUCAGCCUCCUCGUCUACUGAGGAUAUUCAUCAGGACGCCUCACAAAGACCAGUGAUCCUGAAGAUGGAACCGAUUCCAUAUGUGUAUCCGCUCGAAUCUCUCUUCGGCAUCACGGUGGAUGGUCUCCUCAGCAGCGCCGACUGUGAUUUCGUCUACUCUCUGGAUAAAGACCGCUCGCGUUCCUCCGAACUCGCCGGGAUUGUGGUGGAGGAAGUUCUCCAUCGGGUGAAUGAGGUGAUGCACAACGGCCUCCUGAAGAUCAACGCGGCCUCUUCGCCGUGCUUCAUUUACUUCCGUCCUGACUGUUCGUGCACCGAUAUCGGUGAGUUACUGAUCAGUGGCGUCACCCGAAAGCUGAGUGUUUUGCAUUGCCACGUCUCCCGCGCAGUGGCCACGACAGCCAUCGGCGCGGUUCUCGCAGCGAUAGAAGGCAAACUCCCAUGCGCUCUCAGCCCGAGCCAUUGGGUGGAGGUCACGAGCAAUGUCAUUGACUACAUCGUGGAGGAUGUGAUUAGCGCCUGGUCAAACAAUCUGGCUGCAAGGUCUGGAACAUGCGAAACCGUCCCAGUUUUGCAACCGACUUUUGAGUCGUCUGAGGGAGGGAUGUCACUCAUCCUGUCGGAAUUAAAUCCUUCGUCAGGCAGCGACAGGCCAACAACCACCUUGUUUGAUUCGCUGAUGACCGCUCUAUACAUGUCGAAAUGCGGCGGUCACUUCAGCUCACAGGACAACAGUAAUACAGCCUCAGAGCGUCUGCAUCAAAAGCUCGCUGAUUUAAUGAACUGCAUAUUUCGAUGCCAGACGAGGCUCUCGAAGGAGGUCAGAAUGGCAGACUUUAUCCAUUAUUUUGUGGAGGAAGUCGUGCAACGGCUUUUUGUGUCCUCCGCUUUCCCCCGUCCCGCGACGCUCCCUGAAAAUAGCCCAGUGAUGCCCUUCAUCAUCAAGGAAGAGGAUUUCGGUCUGACCGUGGUGGAUCACCUGACAGAGCUGCUGGUCAGUCAAGUGUUCGAGUUGCUGGCAAAGAAAUUUCCAUCAAGUGAAUCGGUCGAGACUGAACGGAAGAGUCGCGACGUGUCAAUACAGGAGUCCAUGCCAGAACUGACCUUCACAGAGAAGUUAAAGAUGAUGAAAUCAAAAGUCCUUAAAAAGCUUAAGAAUCAUUUUAGAUCCAAGAAGGACAGCAAAAACAAAGACGACGAUGAGGAAACAACAGAGGAGAAUGCAGAUGGACAUACGACAGCUCCAGGACCCAAAAAUAAGUCAUUUUUGGGGUUCACAGUUUCCUUUUCCAUGAAAAUAAAGUAUCUUAUCUGA